CCUCACCGUGACAUCAGGGCUGCCCGGGAGGAGUCGCCGCUGCUCCGCGCGGGGCCGGGGCCGCCGUGGGUGUCCCCACGGGGCACCAUGCCGCUGGGGAAGGAUGGCCCCGCCUGGAAGAAGAGGACCGAGGACAUUCGGCGCAUCUAUGACUUCCGAGAGGUCCUGGGCACGGGGGCUUUCUCUGAGGUGGUCCUGGCGGAGGAGAAGGCGACACAGAAGCUGGUGGCCAUCAAGUGCAUCGCCAAGAAGGCACUGGAGGGGAAGGAGACCAGCAUUGAGAAUGAGAUCGACGUCCUCCACAAGAUCAAGCACCCCAACAUCGUGGCCUUGGAUGACAUCUAUGAGAGCAGCACCCACCUCUACCUCAUCAUGCAGCUGGUCUCAGGGGGGGAACUCUUCGACCGCAUCGUGGAGAAGGGCUUCUACACCGAGCGGGACGCCAGCGCCCUGAUCCGGCAGAUCCUCGACGCCGUCAAGUACCUGCAUGACAUGGGCAUUGUCCACCGUGACCUGAAGCCCGAGAACCUGCUGUAUUACAGCCUGGAUGAGGACUCCAAGAUCAUGAUCAGUGACUUUGGGCUGUCCAAGAUCGAGGGCUGCGGCAGCGUCAUGUCCACGGCUUGCGGCACCCCCGGCUAUGUGGCCCCCGAGGUGCUGGCACAGAAGCCCUACAGCAAGGCGGUGGAUUGCUGGUCCAUUGGGGUCAUUGCCUACAUCCUGCUCUGCGGUUACCCCCCUUUCUAUGAUGAGAAUGAUGCCAAACUCUUUGAGCAAAUCCUGCGGGCUGAGUACGAGUUUGACUCUCCCUACUGGGAUGACAUCUCGGAGUCGGCCAAAGACUUUAUCCAGCACCUGAUGGAGAAGGACCCUGACAAGCGCUUCACCUGUGAGCAAGCCCUGCAGCAUCCCUGGAUUGCUGGGGACACGGCCCUGGACAAGAACAUCCACCAGUCAGUGAGCGAGCAGAUCAAGAAGAACUUUGCAAAGAGCAAGUGGAAGCAAGCCUUCAAUGCCACGGCGGUGGUGAGACACAUGCGGAAGCUGCAUCUGGGAACCAGCCUGGAGGGCCCUGGGCAGACAACUCCCACCAGCCCCAGUGAGCAACUCGUGGGGGGUAACAGCAAUGGGUCAGACUGUGGGCCCCUACCCACAAGCAGAACUCGGCACCUCACACCAUACUGAGCACAGCCCCAUCCUGAGGGUCCGUCCCUCCCAUGGGCACAGCAUGGGGCCAGGAGGGGGCUGCAGUGUUGGGGGUGGGAGCACCCUGCCCAGCUCAUACCAAGUGUGGUCACAGCAGAGCUCUGCCCUGGGGCAGGGGGCAGCCCCCAGGAGCCGCCCCCUCAAAGCUUAGGGCUUCGACCCAGGCCUCCACCCACCCCCCACGCCUCCUCUGGCACUGCCCCCUCCCCAGCAUGUUCAAGGAGAAUUUUCCAAGUGGAUGUUUCUAUUUUAUUGCUUGUAAUAAAGACAAGAGGCCAAUGUC